AUGCUCACAACUCUCCUUUUCCACUCUCCAGCCAUAUCGGCCUAUCAUCACUCUCCGUCCGGAAAUGCGGCUCCAAGCAUGAACGCUGACCUUGAUACGCUCUUCCAGUACACGACGUCUCGAAACCACAAAGUCAUAUCACAGGCUGUCGAGUUCGUUGUUUCAAUGCAAACAGCGCCGACGUGCACUCGAAUGGCCGCCUCGCAUCUCAUGAACGAAUGCAAACUACUUGAGAAUGCACCAGAAUUUGCGAAAACACGUCCAGAGGCAUACUUGGACAAUGUCAAAACUGAAUACGCGGCCAAGCUGGCUGUUUGCGAAUUACUGAGCGCUCAACCUCAUACAAGCAAUCCACUCCCCCCUGCACAUUGUGAUAUUUUUGUUCCAUCGUCGAGGGCAUGUGGCAAGGGUGGUAGUUGGUGGUACAACUCGAAGCCAACGACUUCGGACGACAAGCAGUGCUACCCUGAUUUCAACGGUUACCAGUAUAGCCAGUGUUUGAAAACGCUUCAAUCGUCGCCACAAUAUUGGACCUCGUUCAGCAAUGCGCGGCAGAACGCGGUUGUUAUGUGCCAGGCAAGCAGAGAUGCUAUUGAGAGGGAGAACCAUCUGGAGAUUUUCAAGAACUUGACGCAAGUUAUGAGUGCCGUCUCAUCAACCAUGAAGGAUACCACUGAAGAAUACGAAUCUUUGGUCAGAGAUCAGAAGGAGUUUGCUAAUGCCAUACGCGAGGCCCAAGAGCAAGCCAAACAAGACAUACAGGAUGUGCACGACAAGGCCAUUGCAACCGUCGGAUCGCUCGACAACAAGUUCCAUUCUUUCAUGGACAUAUCGAUUACCGGUCUUAUUCAGGCACUUACUCAAGGUCAGAGCGACGCCAUUAUUCGGAUACGUGAGGAGAUGCAGCUGUUUUCCCAAGAUAUGAUCCUAGAAAGUUCAGGUAUGGCAAAGUCUCUGACGGGCGAACUCCAGAAGCACCACGAUCGAGCUCUGAUCAGUCUUCAAAUCAACCACGAAGCGCAGCUGGACAGUUAUAAUGUUUUGUCUGAUUACAUGGGCGAGAUUCACCAUGCCGCAAUGAAGAUCAACCACACUACCAACUCGUCAUUGACGAAGAUUGAUACUAUUCAGCAGCGUUUGGAAACCCUUUCGAGCAGGGCAGAGCAUAUCGCGAACGGUUUCGCAUUCUUCAGCGGGAUACCAGACUUCAUCACAUCUCUUGUCCGCACCCUUAUUGCUACAGCAGGUAUCUUGUUCUUAUUCGCCUUGCUCUACAAGUUCAGCAGGAAGCUUGCUGUGCAUACUGCGGGUGCAUGCAGCUCAGCGUAUCUCCUCCACAUUUGCGGCGUAUAUCAAUGGCUCGGCAACGCCUUCUCUCGCACAGCAGAUGCCCACGCCCAUAGCCAACGCAUCCUCCCUUCAAUCACCGAUCUGUCCGCCACACAAAGAGGCGCAGCCAUCAUCCUUCUUCUCUGGGCCUGCGCAUACCCGGUGUCGCAGGUCAACUCAUUCUUCGGUCACCUUCUCGGCACUACCCUCAACCGACUCCUCAGCGCAUACUGGAUCCGCCAGUACCAGAACGAAGGCGGAGUCGGCUUUCUGCCCAGUGUUGAGAUCCCUGACAAGAUUCCACAGCGCAUGGUUGACUUGUCCGGUAACAACUUCCGUCCCAUCAGGCCUCUGGGAUUCGAGCGGGAGGCGUCGUGCCCGGUCGAGGCGUAG